CUCUUUCUUUUGCUACUUUCCUAGUGGGACGCUGUCAUUUUUUAUCGACCAUUUGAAGGAUAAGUUGGUUUGUUCGGGUUAAAGCUGAAUUGGCAGAGAAACUGAAGCGUAGCGGAGGGGAGCCGGUAGUCCACCUGUCCGCGACGGUAGUCUUUGCAGAAGCCCUUUUGAAUGAAUGAAUGACCGCACGAAAAUGGCUACUCCGCACGAUUUGUCGUUUCAAGAAUUUGAGGAGGCAGCAGAACUGCUUUCGGCAAACCCUGAUGCUUCAACCCACAGUACGGCCCGACUUGAAAACGUGAAUGUUGGUAUGAACUUGGAGGAUGACGAAGACGCCCAGGAAGAGACGGAGAUGCUGACCCAACAAAAGAAGAACCUAAAGUUUUGGUCCUUUGAAUAUUACCAGUCAUUCUUCAAUAUUGACACCUUUCAGGUACUGGACAGAAUAAAAGGGUCUGUGCUGCCUCUGCCAGGAAGAAGCUUUGUCAAGCACCAUUUGAGAAACAAUCCUGACCUUUAUGGUCCAUUUUGGAUAUGCGCCACACUAGCAUUGAUAAUGGCCAUCAGUGGUAAUGUCUCCACCUUUCUAAAUGAGUCUGGGGAUUCCAACUACCACUACAGCCCGCAGUUCCAUAAAGUGACUGUUGCUUGUGUGAUUAUUUACUGUUAUGCAUGGCUGGUGCCACUUGGCCUCUGGGGAUUUUUGCAGUGGAGGACGAACCAAAGCCGAAGUCUGUCCAACUACUCCUUCCUUGAGACGGUGUCUACAUAUGGCUACAGCCUGUUUAUCUACAUUCCUGCUGCAGUUCUGUGUGUAAUACCAGAAGGUUGGGUCCACUGGCUGAUCUUCCUCCUUGCCACAGUAGUCAGUGGAUCUGUUCUGAUUUUCACUUUUUGGCCGAUCCUUUCUGAUGAUACAAGGGUAGCUGCUCUCUCAACAAUGGCAGCAAUCAUUGUAUUGAAUGUACUUCUUGCGGUAUGCUGCAAGUUUUAUUUCUUUCCAAUAACCCAGCAGCCACUGCCAUUACCAACGACCGCCGCCUCUGUAGUGAACCUCACAACCGCCACUCCUAAAGCUCAUGCUGUGUAAAGCUGACCGGAGGUUCCUCUUGGUUAUUUUGCUCCUACAGUAUUUAAAAAUAAGCUUGAUAAGAAUCUGGAACCCCCCCAACUACAUGCCUUUAGCGAGAGUCUGAUUUCAAGAGUUUGGAAUGAGGAGUCUUUAUUCGGGCCAAUGGAGGUAUGAACAGCUGGCAGAGCAUAAAGGCCGGGGGGUGUCCACUGAUAACACACACGUGGAGUAUUUCUGUCAAACAUUCAGCUUGUUUCUUCUGUUGGGGUUACAACCACCUGACCAAUGGAGGUAAAUGCAGACCACUCUCAACAGUGGGGUUGAUUUACUUUGACUUUUUUAAAAGAGAAAAUCUUCUACAGCGCAGAAACAUUUUCCAAAAAACAAAAAUGCUGUGUGAAAGAUGACAGUCUGUGGGUGAAACUCUGGUAAAGAUGUAGUAAUUAUGGGACAUUAAAGGUCCAAAUUCUACAUCUCUUCACAUCCAUGGUGGCACGGGUAAAGUAAGAUUCUUCUUCUAUUGGUAUACUAACUUCAUAUCGUCACCCUGUAUAUUUUAUCUAGAAAUACAGAAAAGCACUUUUGAAAGUAAAUGUUCAGUACCGGUUGGUUUUACUGGUACUUAACUCUCCAGCAAUCCAAACUGGGAAUUUGCGUAUUAAUGGAGCAGCAAAUUUGUAAA